AACCACAUUCCUUACUCGGUGGCGUUGUCCCUGACCAUCGCUGCUCAGAACCCCUCCGCCCCGUCCUUCUCCGGGCCACCGCCUCCUCGUUCCCGUUCUCACCAGAUCGGAUUCUUAGCAGCUGCUUCUAUCAUCUCAUCCAUGACUAUGAUGACUCCACCCCUCGUCGACAAGGAAGAAGAGGAGAUGCUAGUACCCCACUCAGAGUUCCCUGAAGCGCCCCAGCCCAUGGAAGUUGUUCCAGCGGAAGCUACCAGCACUGCUGAGAAUCAGCAGUCGGAGGACCCCUCGUCAUCCAGAUUCACGUGGACGAUUGAGAAUUUCUCAAGGUUGAACGUUAAGAAGCAUUACUCUGAGAUUUUCAUCGUUGGGGGCUAUAAAUGGAGAAUUUUGAUAUUUCCAAAGGGGAACAAUGUCGAUCACCUGUCCAUGUACUUGGAUGUUGCUGAUUCAGCUACUUUGCCGUAUGGGUGGAGUAGAUAUGCACAGUUUAGUCUUGCCGUGACAAAUCAAGCGCACUCCAAGUAUACAAUAAGAAAAGAUACUCAGCAUCAAUUUAAUUCCCGGGAAAGUGAUUGGGGAUUUACUUCAUUUAUGCCUCUCAGUGAUCUGUAUGACCCACAUAGAGGCUAUCUUGUAAAUGAUGUAGUGGUAGUUGAAGCUGAGGUUGCUGUUCGCAAGGUGGUUGAUUAUUGGACUUAUGACUCAAAGAAGGAAACAGGUUAUGUUGGUCUCAAGAAUCAAGGUGCCACCUGUUAUAUGAAUUCUCUUCUUCAAACUUUGUACCAUAUUCCUUAUUUUAGAAAGGCUGUGUAUCAUAUGCCUACGACUGAGAAUGAUAUUCCUUCUGGAAGCAUCCCUUUGGCUCUUCAGAGUUUAUUUUAUAAGCUUCAGUACAGUGAUAGUAGUGUGGCUACAAAAGAAUUGACAAAAUCAUUUGGAUGGGAUACGUAUGACUCAUUCAUGCAGCAUGAUGUGCAAGAACUUAAUAGGGUUCUUUGUGAGAAGCUGGAAGAUAAGAUGAAGGGAACUGUUGUUGAGGGCACUAUACAACAAUUAUUUGAAGGUCACCACAUGAACUAUAUUGAGUGCAUUAAUGUUGAUUACAAAUCUAGACGGAAGGAGUCAUUUUAUGACCUUCAACUUGAUGUCAAAGGUUGUCGUGAUGUUUAUGCUUCCUUUGAUAAGUAUGUUGAAGUCGAGCGUCUUGAAGGAGACAACAAGUAUCACGCAGAACAAUAUGGUUUACAGGAUGCUAAGAAGGGUGUACUCUUUAUCGACUUCCCUCCAGUUUUGCAACUCCAGCUAAAACGCUUUGAGUAUGAUUUUAUGAGGGAUACAAUGGUAAAGAUAAAUGAUCGAUACGAGUUCCCAAUACAGCUAGACCUUGACAGGGAUGGUGGAAAAUAUCUUUCUCCUGAUGCUGAUAGAGGUGUUCGCAACCUUUACACUCUGCACAGCGUUCUUGUUCACAGUGGUGGCGUGCAUGGCGGACAUUACUAUGCUUUUAUUAGACCGACUCUCUCUGAUCAGUGGUUUAAGUUUGAUGAUGAAAGAGUGACAAAAGAAGAAAUGAAGAGGGCCCUGGAAGAGCAGUAUGGCGGUGAGGAAGAGUUGCCACAGACGAAUCCUGGAUUCAACAACACACCAUUUAGGUUUACUAAGUAUUCAAAUGCAUACAUGCUUGUCUACAUUCGAGAGAGUGACAAGGAUAAUAUUAUAUGUAGCGUGGAUGAAAAAGAUAUCGCAGAACACCUUCGAAUUAGAUUGAAGAAGGAGCAAGAAGAGAAAGAACACAAAAAGAAGGAAAAAGCUGAGGCUCACCUAUACACUAUCAUAAAGGUUGCCCGAGAUGAAGAUUUAACUGAGCAGAUAGGAAAAGAUAUUUAUUUUGAUCUGGUAGAUCAUGACAAAGUUCGCAGCUUCCGUAUUCAAAAACAAAUGCCUUUCAAAGCUUUUAAGGAGGAGGUGGCCAAAGAAUUGGGGAUUCCAGUUCAGUUCCAGCGUUUUUGGCUUUGGGCUAAGAGACAAAACCAUACAUACCGUCCCAAUAGGCCAUUGAGCCCACUAGAGGAAGUACAGUCUGUUGGGCAAUUGAGGGAGGUGUCAAAUAAAGGACAUAAUGCUGAACUUCGACUAUUCUUGGAAUUGGAGCAUAGUGAUUCAAUCCCUAGUUCCCUUCCUGACAAGACUAAAGAAGACAUAUUUCUUUUUUUCAAGCUUUACGACCCUGUGAAGGAAGAGUUAAGGUACGUGGGUAGGCUCUUUGUUAGGGCACUUGGAAAGCCUGCUGAAAUUCUAACAAAACUCAAUGAAAUGGCUGGUUUUUCACCAAGCGAAGAAAUUGAAUUGUAUGAGGAAAUAAAGUUUGAUCCAACCGUUAUGUGUGAGCACAUUGACAAGAAGCUCACUUUUAAAUCCAGCCAGCUUGAGGACGGUGAUAUUAUUUGUUAUCAAAAAUGUCGGCAUGACAAUGAUGAUCAGUGUCGCUAUCCAGAUAUUCCAUCCUUUCUGGAAUAUGUUCACAGUAGGCAGGUUGUUCAUUUCCGAUCGCUGGAGAAGCCAAAAGAGGAUGAUUUUCGCUUAGAACUGUCAAAGAUUCAUACCUAUGAUGAUGUGGUAGAACGGGUAGCUCAUCAUCUUGGUUUGGAUGAUCCAUCGAAAAUUCGUCUUACAUCCCAUAAUUGCUAUUCUCAACAGCCAAAACCCCAGCCCAUCAAGUAUCGUGGUGUAGAGCACCUAUCAGAUAUGCUGGUCCAUUAUAAUCAGAUUUCCGACAUACUCUAUUAUGAAGUUUUGGACAUCCCUCUGCCUGAAUUACAAGGGUUGAAAACUCUCAAAGUUGCAUUCCACGUUGCUACAAAAGAUGAAAUUGUAAUUCAUAGUGUUAGACUUCCCAAAAACAGCACUGUUGGUGAUGUUAUCAAUGAUCUGAAAACUAAGGUUGAAUUAUCUCAUCCGAAUGCUGAACUCAGGUUACUGGAGGUUUUUUAUCACAAGAUCUACAAGAUCUUUCCACCUAAUGAAAAGAUAGAAAACAUAAAUGAUCAGUACUGGACUCUACGUGCUGAAGAGAUACCAGAGGAAGAGAAAAGUCUUGGACCACAGGAUCGUUUGAUUCAUGUUUACCAUUUCAUGAAAGAUCAAAAUCAAAAUCAGAUGCAAGUGCAGAAUUUUGGCGAGCCUUUCUUCUUUGUCCUUCACGACGGCGAAACUCUGGCAGAAGUGAAGGUUCGCAUCCAGAAGAAACUGCAAAUUCCCGAUGAGGAGUUUUCCAAGUGGAAAUUUGCUUGCUUGGCACUAGGCCGACCUGAAUAUCUUCAAGAUUCUGAUGUUGUCUCUGUUCGUUUUCAGAGAAGAGACGUUUAUGGAGCUUGGGAACAAUGUCUGGGAUUGGAACACUCAGAUACUUCCCCAAAGAGGACUUACCAAGUAAAUCAGAAUCGUCACAGCACAUUCGAAAAGCCUGUGAAAAUUUACAACUAGCUAAUUACGUAAUUCCACAGAAUCAUCUGCCCUUUUUACCUGAAUAUUUCAUUAAUUCAAUCCAGGGUGGGAGAUUUUGGUCCAUAAAAAAAAAAAAAAUAGCUGCUCUGAAACAAACUUGCCUUUUGUCCCACUUUAUUAGUAUUGUUGUGUCUGGAACUUUUGAAAUGCCUCAGGAGCGCCAUUUUUGUUUUUUGAGGCUGGAUUGGUUUGGUUCUCGGUUUCCUGAGUAUCGUUUAGCAGAGGAGGUAUAGAUUUUCUGAUUAAUUUCCUUGGCCUCACA